CGGUUCCUCUCCCCCAGCUCCAAUCUAAUCUCUCCCCUCUUUCCUCUUAUCUCUAAUGGUCGCUUAGGGCUUGUAGGGCUCCAAUUUCGAUUUCGUAAGGUAUUCUGGACCUCGUCAGUCGCCGAUGGCCGUUGAUCUGAUGGGCUACGCGAAGGUGGACGACCAGAUCGCGAUCCAGGAGGCCGCCUCCGCGGGCCUCCGGAGCUUGGAGCACCUGGUCUUGCAGCUCACCCACCAGAAGUCGCCGUCUGAUUGCAGGGAUAUCGCCGAUCAGACGGUCACCAAGUUUAAGAAGGUCAUCUCCAUCCUCAACCGGACAGGCCACGCCCGUUUCCGCCGCGGGCCGCCGGCCGCCGCCUCUCCUGUCGCUGCGCAGAACCUCAACCUGGCCCCGGCGCCGCGGCUGGCGCGGCAGCCCCCGUCCCUCCCGCCGCCGCCUCCUGCGGCGCCCCAGGCCCUAACCCUGGACUUCACAAAGCCCGAUCCGGCCCUGCGCCGUGAGAUUUCUUCCGUCCAGUACUCCAAGGAGAGCUUCAGUAUCUCGGCCCCGCUCUCAUCGGCCAGCUCCUCCUUCCUCUCGUCGAUCACCGGCGACGGCAGCGUCUCCAACGGCAAGCAGGGCUCGUCCCUCCUCCCUCUGGCCGCCCCCGCCGCCUCCGCAGGCAAGCCGCCGCUGUCGUCCUCCAAGAAAAAAUGCCACGGCCAUGCUCACUCCGAGGUCGCCGCCGGCAAGUAUGCCGCUUCCGGCGGCCGCUGCCAUUGCUCGAAGAGAAGGAAAUCUCGGGUGAAGAGGACGAUACGAGUCCCGGCGAUAAGCUCGAGGAUGGCCGAUAUCCCGCCGGACGAGUACUCGUGGCGGAAGUACGGGCAGAAGCCGAUCAAGGGUUCUCCUUAUCCCAGAGGCUAUUACAAGUGCAGCAGCGUGAGGGGGUGUCCGGCGAGGAAGCACGUGGAGAGGGCGCCCGACGACCCGUCGAUGCUGAUCGUAACGUACGAGGGCGAGCAUCGGCACACCCAGAAUCCUGUAUCGCUGUCCAACGAUAAACUCCUGAUGGAGUCUUCUCCUUGAAAUGAAGGGAGUACCAAGUUGCGUGAUCAGGCCGUCCAUCUUGUGUUCCCGUCACCGUGAUGUGGCUCCUGUGUUUUUUUUUUGAUGUUGUAAAAAAUUUUGAGGAGAUGAAGUAAAGUUUUUAGGAAAUUCGACUAUUUGUUGACCAUGGAACAGUUGGGAAGGGGACCGUGUGAUUAAGGACUUUGUCCUUUUGUGUGCU